UUCAUAUUUUGUAUUGUGAGAGCCAGGCCUCGUCUACAAAUUUUAUUUCUACGUGUUCGUAUCAUGUUGUUUUUAAAUUAAAAAAUAUUAUUUACUUCAAUUAAGAAAUGCGUUGGAUAUUUUUGUUGUUGUUAACGUUUGUUUUGAGCGUCGCUGCGUGGGACGAUGAUGAUUUAGAAGUAUUUGACGUGGUGGAAGAAGUUAACCAGAACUUUUAUGAACUGAUGGGAGUUAGUCAGGAUGCGACGCCAGCACAAAUAAAAUCAGCGUUCAAAAAACUGACACUGAAACUGCAUCCGGACAAAAAUGAUUCUCCAGAUGCUGAUGUACAGUUUAGAAACUUGGUUUCUGUGCAUAAUGUACUUAAAGACCCUGGAAAGAGAGAAAAGUACAAUGAAGUCCUCAAAAAUGGUUUACCUAACUGGCGCUCAGCAGUAUACUACUAUCGACAUCUACGCAAGAUGGGCUUGGCAGAGGCCUCCAUAAUAUUGUUCAUAAUCAUUUCAUUAGGACAGUAUGCUGUUAGUUGGGCUGCAUACGUCGAGAAGAGGUACACGGCAGAGCAAAUUUUAAACAGCAGAGGCAGGAAGUCAAAAAAAACUGGCUUUGACGUUGGUCUCUCUGAGAUAUUAGACCAAUUACCCAAACCUAGUGUGAAGGACACCUUGCCGUUCCAAAUACCGCGACUGGCGUGGUGGACGGUGACCGCGAUACCGCGGAGCUACGUAGAAAUUAAAAAGCAGCUGAAAGAGAAAGAAGAAGAAGCUAAGCGACAAAAGAAAAGGGAGGAGGAAGAGAAGCAGAGGUUAGAGCGAGAGGCUGCCGCUGCAGCGGAGAGAGAGAGCGCGGGCGCGGCGGGGACGCGGCGCCGGCGCGGGUUCGUGCCGCCGGAGCUCGAGCACGACGCGAGGCCGCGCCCCCCGCACGACCCCGCCGCGACCCUCGAGGAUAAACCGAGUUCCCCGAUGAUAUCCGGCGGGCUGUGGACGGACGACGACCUGGCGGAGCUGGCGCGGCUGAUGUCCCGCGUGCCGGGCGGCGCCCCGCAGCGCUGGGAGCGCAUCGCCGCCGCGCUGCGCCGCGCCGUGCCCGAGGUGGCGCACAUGGCCGCCAAGCUCAAGGAGCGCCCGCACCGCCCGCCCGGACACGAGCCCCCGCAGCCGGAAUACGUGGAGCCGCCCAAAAAGGUCAAAACACGGAAAGAAGAGACAGGUAGCGGCGGCGCCUGGUCCCAGAGCCAGCAGAAGGCUCUAGAGACAGCCCUCGCCAAGUACCCGAAGGGUGGCGCCGGCGACCGGUGGCAGAAGAUCUCCAAUUCUGUUCCCGGGAAGACAAAGGAGGAAUGCAUGCAACGAUGUAAAUAUUUAUCAGACAUGUUGAGGAAACAAAAACAGAAAGAAGAAGAAGAAAAGCACAAAGAAGAAGAUGUUGAUGAAGGGCAGAGUCAGGAGAAUGGUGACGUCACACAAAACGGCUUUGAAGAAACGAACGAUGACAACUCUUCCUAAAACAGAUUGUUUACGAAAUAUAAAUUGCUCGGUUGAUAAUUAAA